UUGUGAGCAGAAGUUGCAAUGGCAAUUUCACUCAAGAAGUACAUCCUGAAAAAACUUGGUCUGCUCCGCUCCCUAUCGGCCGACCAAAGAAAUGGGAACCAAGUCAUCCAGCAAAACAACGUGUACAAUCAACCCGCGGCAAUAAGCGCUGGCGUUCCCCAGGACAAUGUGUUACCCUCGGACCCGCAAGUCGACACGCACCAAUCAAAGCACACCGAGCCGCCUGGUGCGCCGUCCCGGUCACCGGACAGCCCUCUGACGCCGACCCGGCGCAACCAAGCUUUCAACUCGCCCCGCCAGGCCUCACGGCGCUUCUUCCACGGCAUGCUGGAUCACAGUCGCGUGAGCCCAGCGCGCCCCCGGCCGCCGCAGGAGCCGUCUGUCCGCGACGCCGGCCACCUGAAGGUAGUGCGCAACCGCCGACUGAUGAAGGAGUACCGCGAAAUCACGCGCAGCGUGGCGCGGCAGGCCGAGCCACCCUUUACUGUGGAGCUGGUCAACGACUGCCUCUACGAGUGGAACAUCCACCUGUUUAACAUCGAUCGCACCAGUGACUUGUACCGCGACAUGAAAGACUUGCACAUCCGCUGCAUUCAGCUCAACAUGGCGUUUCCGGAGAACUUCCCGUUCUCGCCGCCGUUCCUGCGCGUGCUGGCGCCGCGAAUUGAGCGCGGCUUCGUGAUGGCCGGGGGCGCCAUCUGCAUGGAGUUGCUGACGCCACGGGGCUGGGCCAGCGCCUACACGGUCGAGGCUAUCAUCAUGCAGUUCGCCGCCAGCCUCGUCAAAGGACAGGGCCGUGUGGACCCCAGGACCAAGAAGCUGAAGCACUUCAGCAAGCGCUCUGCCGAGAACGCCUUCAAGAGCAUAGUAAAGACGCACGAGAAGUACGGCUGGGUGACGCCACCGCUAACGGACGGCUGAGCCCGGCCUGGCUCAGUUAGGGGUGGCCCGGUCUGACGACCUCGGCGCUGGCUCGCACUACGACUGUCACUGUGACCGACUGCGACUGAGAACGUGACCCAAACGUCACUGCGACUGUAGCUGUGCCUGCGACCGUAGUCGGCUGACUGUAACUAUAACUGGGACUGGAACUGGGACUGAAAUGACUGAAUGACUGUGACUGUGCUCGUGACUACCACUGUGACCGUCACUACGCGUGGCGCCGUGUCGUCCGCCACCGUCACGGCCGUCACGCCUGCUACAGCGGACGCCACCGCGCCCGUGACGGUGACGGCCCGCACGACCGAAGCCGUGACUCUACCGUGCCCGUGACGACGGCCGUGCUCGCCGGACCGGCCUGAGCUCGGCCCGGCCGCGCAGUAGGACGUUGUGCUCAAUCUGCUCGGGCCCGCCACAGCUGGCAACUGCGACGUGCGCCGGCGGCCCGCGCCGCUCCUGCUCCGCAGCUGCUGAGCGGCUGCUCAGCUGUCAGCUGUCAGCUGGCGCGCGCGCCGUGCUCGCGCUGCGUCACGCGACCGCCGCCCCUGACGCCGUUGCUGAACGGGGACGGACCAAUGACCUCUAGGUGGUGAAUCAGUGUCACGCGCGCUGCUGCCCUCCGCGGAAGCUUCCAAUCACGUGGGCGACCGUCUCUGUGUGACUCAGUGGGUGUCGGUUGUAGUUCACUGUUGUGCGGACGUCGGGCCUGGCUCUGAUCGCGGAGCGCGGCGCAGGUUGGCCGUGGUCGCCCCACUUCCUGAGCAGAACUGAGCUGAGCUGCACUGAGCUGAGCUGAGCUGAGCUGCACGGAGCUGAGCUGAGCUG